AUGCAAAAUUUCUAGAGUAUCAAAGAUCAAAUGUAAGGUGGCAUAAAAUUUAACCAAUAAAAGAGUAAUAAUUUGCCUCCUCGCAAUGGACCAACUAAAGUUGAAGUAGUUAAAAGUCCGAACUACAAACAAAAUAACAAAGAAUACGAAUAUAAUGUUGAUGAAGAUAAAAGUCCAUUUUAAGGUGGAAGUAAAUCAAAUAAUUUAAAUAAAAUCGAUAGUUUAUCAAGUAAUAAAGGAAAUAAUAUAUAUAAUAACAAGCAAUCAUCAAAAUAUAAUUAAAAAUCAUCUAAUUAUGAUGAAUAUGAUGAUGAACUUGACUCAAAUAACAAUUAGCCAUACUCUGUUGAGAAUUAUACCAAGAAAUAAUCUGGCAGUUCGUAGUAUGGUUCUAAAAAUUACGAUUAAAAAAAUCAACAAUAAAGAAAAAGCAUAGAUAAAGAUUUGGAAGAAGAUGAUUUAUAUUCUAAUUAAGAUGAGUAUGAAUAAUUAAAUUCACACAAAGUCUCACACAAGACCAAUGCUAAUUCUUAUCAGAGAAUAAACAGUAAAUAUGCAUAGGAAGAAAGCGAAUAUCCAUAAAAAUAAUAAUAAAAUAAGCGAGCCACUUCAGCAAAUAGAAUAGAGUCUUAAGCGGAGGAUCCAAAAUAAAAUAAUAGAAUGAUAUAAAGAUAUUAAAAAGUUGAAGAAGGUUUGACUGUCUGUCCUGAAGGAUGUGGAAGAACAUUUAAUGAAUUUGCUUUAGAAAAACAUGUGAAAGUUUGUAAAAAGGUUUUCUAAGAUAAGAGAAAGGCCUUUGAUAUUACCUAAAAAAGACAAGUUGCUCCUUAAAAUGAAUAGAUUUAAAAAGGUGAUGAGUAAUAAAGACAGGAAAUUAUGAGAAAACAAAAAGAGAUGCAUGAAUGUCCUGAUUGUGGUCGCUCAUUUCGCUAUGACACUUAUGAAAAACACGUAAAAAUAUGUGUUAGAGUUUUUACAAAGAAAAACCGUGAAAAUUCUUUGAAUCGUAAAGCAUCAUUGAACGUAACAGGUUCCAAUUAAACACAAUAAUUAAUGUCAUCCCAAUCUUAAAGCAACCCUCAAAAGCUUCCUCCAACUUCUUUGGUUAAAAAGGGAAGUUCAAUCUAAAACGACAAUGAUCAAGAUGUUAAAAAUUUAAAAAAACCACCUCUGAAUCGUACUUAGUAGUAAAAUGAGAAAAAGAAUAUUGGUAAAGGAAGUGAUUGGGAGGAAACUCCUGUCGGAGCUAGCAAGUCUAAAAACACAUGGGAUGAAACACCUAUCGGUGGAAAAUCUUCUCAAAAAGCAUGGGAAGAUACUCCUGUUGGAGGUAGCACAAAUAAAAAUAAAAAUGCUUGGGAAGAUACUCCUGUUGGAGCUAGCAAAUCUAAAAACUAAUAAUGGGACGAAUAUCCCUCUACAUAAAACACAUCAGUAUAAAGUAAAGGAGGCAAGUAUACUUAGGAGCAAUCUGAGACAAGCAAUAACCCUUGGGACAAUAAAAAGUAAGUAAAAAAAUAAUCUUUACCACCAAAGAAAAAACCUGAGUGGAAUAAUGAUUGGAAUGCACCAUCUGAAGAGGAUGAUGCUUUUACUUAGAAAAACAAAGAAAUGGAAAGACAAAUUUAAGAAUAAAAAAAUUAUAACUUUAAUAAAAAAAUAAAAAGUGCUUAAUCAGGUAGCAAAUACUCAAUAGAGAAUCCAUCUGAUUUUGAAAUUAAUUAAGAAUUAGAUCUUCAUAGUCACGAAGAUAAGUAUGUCUACUCAAAGCCUAACAUUGGCAAAAAAGUUAUUCAUUCGGGCAAAAAAAGUCCAAUUAAUAACUCUUUAAAAGCUUAAAAAUAACAAGUUUAAGCCUUUAAUAGAGCAGAGGAUGAAGAUUAAGAAGAAUAUGAAUAGUAAUAAUAUACUAAUAAAAAUCCUCGCAAUGCAGUACAUAAUAGGUAAUAAACUACAGGAAAAUCUAAUCUAAAUAAAUACAAUGAAUAAGAAACCUAUGAUAAGGAAAAUGAAGAGAGCUCUUCUUAAUAUUCAAAGCCCUUCUUGAAGAAAAAUUAGGGUAAUUAAGCUGUUAGCAAGAGUAAAAAACCUUAACCUGAAACUUAAAGCAGUAGCUAUACAAAUUAUGAAUAGCAAGGAUAAGAAGACAUACCUAUUAGUAAAAAUAACCAAUUUAAUUAAUAAAUUGUGGAAAUGGAAAAAGACGUAUUGCAAUAAGAUCUAAUAGAAUGUCCUGAAGGAUGUGGAAGAAAAUUUGCAGAAAAUAUUUUAGAAAAGCAUGCAAAGGUAUGCAAAAAAGUGUUUUAAUAAAAGCGUAGAGUAUUUAACUCUGCUGCAUAAAGAUAAUUAGAUGAAGAGGAAGGUGGUGGAGUAGGAAUUCCAAGUAAAAUUCCUCCAAUCUCAAAACCACUUGCUAAAAAGUAGGCACCUAAAAAUACUAAAUAUGAAAAUGAGAGCAAAGAAGAUUAUGGAUUCAGAUAAAAUACUGGAGGCGAUGGCAAGAAACCAAAUUAACCUUUCAACAAAAAGCCAACUGAUGAAAACACAAAAGUUGGAAAGAAAAAAUCAAAAUGGCAAAUAUAAUCAGAGGCCUUUAGAGCCCAAAUGAGAAUGGCCAGAGGUGAAACAACAAAUAGUUAAUAUGAUAAUUAAAUUGUAAAGGAGGCUUUUGAAAAUAAUGAUUACAUUUAAUGUGAAUAUUGUGGAAGAAAGUUUAAUGAGCAAGCUGCUUAAAGGCACAUUCCAUUCUGCAAAACAAAAUCACAGUAAAAUUAAAUUAAGUAAGGAGGUAAAGCAAAGCUAAAUCUCACUACCUAAAAGUCAUCAACUCCUUCAAGCAGAAAAUAUUGA